AGCUGCAACCAGAUAAUAUAAGAGAGUCCCAGUUCAUACAAUUGAUAGUAUUGAAAUGAAAUGCAUAGAAAAAGCAUCAUAUGAAAGAGAACCCAGAGACAGAGUAGUGGUGGGUUUUACUUCCUGUACGUAAUGUAUCUUUUGGCAGCACACGGGGCGGGGGGGAAGUAAGGUUUGUGGACAAUGCUGAGAGAUUUUGCAAGAUAAAGAAAAGCAGAAAGAGCAAAAGAGGAAAAGAGAGGCAGCGACGAGAGGACUGACAGAUGCACAGUCAGAUCGGUGAUAGGGCGAAGGGAAAGCAACAAAUAUGCUGCUGCAGUGACUCAUUUAAAGACUGGAGCUAAAGGCGAGGACAGUGAGAACUCGGCAGCAGUUUCUAUUGGGUUUGCGUGCAGAGUCUGUACUGGUGGAGGGAUAUUUUUUUGUUGUUGUUGCAUUUUUUUUUUUAAAACUAAUGGAGGAAAAUGUCCGAGGGACCUCUUCAGCUGCACAUCUAAAAUAUGUCCUGUGGCACCCGAAAACCACAGCUGAGCUAAGCUUUGCUUGAGAGGAGGAUUAAUGAAUGUGUUGCUGAACAUCACUGAAUUCAACAGAAUUGACGCACCAUGACCCCACUACUGUUCGCUACGGGUUCUGCAACUCCAAACGCUUCCUUUUCUACUGCAUCUCCAUCAGCAUCGUCCUUCAUGUCAAGGACUCCGUAUUCUUCCCACAAUGCGACAAGUUCAUCACACUGUACGUUUGGCAGCGCCUCACUCCAUCUGCCGCUGGCGGCUUUCUACUCGCUGUUCUUUGUCCUGGGUCUUGUGGGGAACCUGUUCGCUCUGUGGGUGUUCCUCUUUCUCCAUUCCAAGCACAACUCGGUGCGUGUGUUCCUCAUGAACUGUGCUGUGGCCGACCUGGUCCUCCUGGCGUGCCUGCCAUUCAGGGUGUUCUAUCACCUCAACGGAGACAGCUGGGUGCUGGGGCCGGUGGCCUGCAGGCUGGUGGGGAACGGCUUCUACAUGAACAUGUACAUAAGCAUUCUGCUGCUGGGACUCAUCAGCCUGGACCGGUACGUGAGGCUGCGAGGGAGAGGCAGGGCCAAGAAGAGCUUGUGGGGGAGGCUGUGUGGGCAUAAGCAGCUCUGGAGCUGGGUGGUGUGUGGCACCAUAUGGAGCCUCUUUUUGAUGGGGACGAUGCUGAUGGCCGUGACGAAGGAGGACAGAGACUUCAACGGAAAAUGCUUUGAGUACAGGGAACGCCGCAAUGUCGCCUGGAAGGCUUACCUCAAUGCGAUGUUAGUGGUGCUGUUCUGGCUGGUCUUCAUCAUGAUGGUCAUCUCCCAUGCCAAAAUUGCCUCAAAGUUGCUUCUACUGUCGCAGAAGAAGCCAGAGCUUCCUAACGCAUCCAAGUACAGAAGAACCGCCAAGAAGUCCUUCUUCGUCCUCUUUCUGUUCACCGUCUGCUUUGCGCCCUACCACAUCUUCCGUCCGGUGUACAUCCAGUCCCAAACACACUCCAAUGGAUCCUGCAGCUACCUGGCGAUGGUGUACCGUACCAACGAGAUCAUGCUCCUGUUGUCCACCUUUAACAGCUGCUUGGAUCCGGUCAUGUACUUUCUGUUGUCAGGCUCGGUGCGCAAAACCGCUCUGCGGGUUCUUGGACACCGGUUCUGCAGCCGAUGUCAAUACCUUGAAGAUGUUACACUGAACAGCUCUACCAUAGAUUACAGACGAGGGUCCACACCGCUGGCUAUACCCGGACAAGUCCUCACCAACCCUUCACUCACACCUAGAACCAGCUUCUGUGUCAUUAACUCCAAUCUCCGUCGCACAGAAGCAACAACUACACUUCCUCCCGCUAGUCUUCAGUGAUUGCAAGCUGCUCAAGAUUGUCAGAACACUGAAUGCAGAAUGCCAAGCCACAUUGAAGCUGAGAAAGAACUGUUUUUGGUUUUGUUUUUUUUAAUGUCUUGUUUUCUUUCUUUUGGCUAUGUAACUGUUAGCUCAUUUAUACUUGGUCCUGUUGAAAGCUUUUACCCAAGAAUGUAUGAGGUGGUGUUUUUGUUGUUUCUUUGCAUUUUUUAAGAUAAGGUGCCUCCCACUUUUUUUUCACUAUUUAAAAUGGAAA